AGAACUACAUUUCCCUAAAGCCAUCGCGCGAGUCUGAAACGAGGAAGCGAGCUGUUUAUUAGAGAGAGGCAAACAAGAACAGCUAGCAAGAGAAAGGAGGCUGUAAUAAUAAUUAUUAGGCUGUCAAGGCAAUAUUGAAUAUUAUUGAAUGUAACAGACUCAAUUUGGCGGUGACAAUGAGCGAGGUUUUCUCGUAUGAGAGUUUGGUUCAUGCUGUCUCGGGAGCAGUGGGAAGUGUGACUGCAAUGACAGUGUUCUUCCCUCUUGAUACUGCCAGACUACGGCUCCAGGUGGAUGAAAACAGGAAAGCCAAAUCAACUCCAGCCAUUCUGGCAGAAAUUGUGAAAGAGGAAGGAUUACUGGCACCCUAUAGAGGUUGGUUCCCUGUCAUCUGCAGCCUGUGCUGUUCCAACUUUGUCUAUUUCUACUGCUUCCACUGCCUCAAGGCUAGCUGGCUGAAAGGAAAACAGUCAGCACCAAGCACUGACUUGAUCAUAGGCAUCGCAGCAGGGGUUGUAAAUGUACUUGUCACCACCCCUUUGUGGGUUGUCAAUACCAGACUGAAGCUCCAGGGCUCUAAGUUUCACAAUGAAGACAUCCAUCCCACCAACUACUCUGGGAUUCUGGAUGCAUUUGUGCAGAUCAUCCGUGACGAGGGCAUCGCAGCACUGUGGAACGGGACCUUCCCGUCCCUGCUGCUGGUGCUGAACCCCGCUAUCCAAUUCAUGAUUUAUGAGGGCCUGAAGAGGCAGCUGAGGAGAGGCAUUCCCAAGGAGCUGUCAUCACUGGAGGUCUUUGUGAUCGGGGCCAUCGCCAAAGCCAUCGCCACCACUGUGACAUACCCACUGCAGACUGUACAGUCCAUUCUUAGGUUUGGACAGUACAACAACACAUCGACAGAGAAGUCAAAGCUGCUGUCCAGUCUCAGAACUAUAAAGUGUCUGCUGGUCAACAGGGUGAGGAAGUAUGGCAUGUUGGGUCUUUUUAAAGGCCUUGAAGCGAAACUGCUGCAGACGGUGCUGACUGCUGCUCUCAUGUUCCUUCUCUACGAGAAGAUCGCAAGCUGCACCUUCAGAGUGAUGGGACUGAGCAACAACCACUACAAGAGGCGCUAGCUUACAAAGACACUUAACAAUCCUGCACACUUGACCACAAUAAAGGACAGAUGAGCAAUGGAAAUCACUGCUGACAGACUGUAUGAGUGACGGGGGCUUCACCUGCCUGGACACCAGUCACUUUUUUAAAAAGGUGAAACUGUAACUUGGGUAAGCCAUCCAAUAAAA